AUGGCCGAGUCAACCUUUCCAAUCCCUUCCUCUCUCCAGGACUUAGAGCGGGAGCCAUACAAUCUCCUUCCUUAUCCGUAUAAUUUUGACGAUGAUGACGAGGAAGCAAGAGCUCUAUCUUUUUGUCGUCUGGUCAAAACCUUGGAAAUGGGAAACCGUCGACUAGCCACGGAAGGAAUGUCCUUAUUUCAAAGUCAGAACGGCUAUCCUGAUGAAGAAAAAUGGAUGUGCGAAGAUAGAGUACAAGCUUUGUAUACCCUUGUCAGAAAAUCGACUUCUCUCGCCUCUGAAACGAGAUGGAGUUUGAUCCGAAGUCUAUGCCAAGCUGUGAAGGGAAUUUCUAUUCUUUUAGAUGACCAUGCGGAAGGAAACCCAUCCAAUGAAGACAUGGAAGUCGAAGGAUCACAAACGGAAGCUACACCUUCGUCGACAGUCUCCCAAGAAUUCCGCGAUGCAUUCGCAUGUCACAUCUACAUGUUGUUUUCAAUUAUGCAUGUUAUGGAAUCUGAGGCAAAGAUUGCGUCAACUUUGAAGACUUCAAGCAAGAAGCGUUCCGACAAUCAAGAAGCCAUCGAAAUGGCGGAGAUGCGAGCUGCAUGUGCUCAAGCAAUGCUUAUCGCAGCCCAAAAAAUGAGUGAAAAUCGAAACCGUCUAUGGAGAAGAGGGGUCCCUGAUGAAUCAGUAGUCGUACUCCCAUGCAGAAUCGCCUAUCAAAUGCUGGAGAGCGCGACUGGUGUCAUUGCCCGAAAAGCUGCGUCUGGAGACGAAGCCAUUGCCAUGAUUGCGGCUACUGUUGAUUCUUGUGAAUCCCUCUUGGGGACAAUUAUUGCCGCUCUCAUGGAUAUGAUGCACUCCUAUGAGCAUAUGGCUGCUUUAUGUUCGGAGCUGUGCACUUCAGUGGCCACGAACAAAUUGCCGAUUGAACUUAUCCGAGAGAUGGGACGAUUGGAUACCCAUUCCCAAGAUACUGGCAAGGCCAGUGGAAUCAAGUUUGUUGCACCCUUCAUCAAUGAAAUGGCCCAAAGUCGACCUCGUCUGGUUCUGGUGAACAUUUCACACAUUAUGCCGCACUUGAACUCUGAGCCAUACUACUUGAGGUCUGCCAUUGUUGGUGCGAUAGGACAUAUUAUCGAUCAUGUUGGGAAAUCGCUGUCUGCGCCGGGGACCACAGAAGACGAAGACAAGGAUGGCGCAAUGUCACCGACAAAUUUGGAGAACUCUCGUGGAACCCUGCUGACGAUUCUCCAAGAACGAGCUCAUGAUGUGAGCUCCUACACCCGCUCAGCAGCUCUCAAGGCUUGGAUUCGACUUGUCCAGGAAGGGUCAAUCCCCGUGGACAGUUUCAUUUCUGUCACAAUGAUUGCUAUGGAUAGAUUGAAAGACAAAACAGUAAUUGUCAGAAAGCAGGCUCUUCAGCUAUUGACAGUGUUGCUUGAAAACAACCCAUUCUUGGGAGAAUUGGACCCAGAGCCAUAUCGCCUAAAAUUGAAGGAGAUGUAUGAAUACGUGAAGGCUCACCUUCCUCAGCAUUUGAACGAAGCCUACCAGACAAAGUUACAAGACUCUCGUGAAAAUGGAGAGACAGAGGAAGAUAUCCUUGAAUUGGAGAGUGCAACCCUCGCUGCUGCAAUUGCGGAAGCUGAUAUCAUGGAAGAGGAGACACCGGCAAACACUGAAUAUAAGGCAAAAAUCGAAGCGUUGAAAUUUGCCCAAUCCGCUCUGGAUUUCAUUGACCAGUUUGAAAAUGCGAGCUCCGCUCUUCAUGGUAUGCUUCUUUCAGCCAAUACUAGCGAUGUGAUGGAAGCUCUUAGGUUCUUUGUCAAAGCUCGGCAUUUUAAACUCCCAUGUGCUGUUACUGGGAUGAAACAAGCGCUGACGCUGAUGUGGUCAACAGAGCAGAAUAUCAAGGACGAAGUUCUCAAGGCAUUCAUUGACGUUUUCAUUGCAGUUCCAGGCUCUGAUGGGAAGCAUGUGCUUCCAGCAAACCAAAUUGCAUACAACUUGAUUGUGCUGGUGGAAGUAGCUAAUGUCAGUGAACUGGCUUCUAUCGAAGAGGCCGUAGGUCAUCUUGUAAAGAAUGGCAAGAUUCCAGCUGAUGUGUUCUCAACGCUUUGGGCAGCUGCUGCUAAUGGCAAAUCUUGUGCAUCUGCUAUCCAAAUCAUUGGGAUGGCGGCAAACACGGAUAGCAGUAUAGUGGACAGCAAAUCUCGCUUGAAGACGCUUCUCGACGUUGCUCUUGGGGAUGAGACAGAGGAGAGACGUGAUUUUGGGGUCGUCAGAGCAGCUGCUAUUGCACUUCAGCGAAUUGAAAGAGCUCAAGUCGAUCCUACUUGUGCUAAAUAUUUGGUUCUAGAGAGAAUCAUGGAACAAUUGUGCGCCGUAGCUCGUGGUGACUGGUGCGUGGACCUAAACGAAAAAGACACCAUGGAAUGGUUUUCGGCUUCCGAAGAAGCUAUCAGCGCUCUUUUCAUCAUCUCUCCUUCACCAGAGAUAUGUUGUGCCGAUAUAAUCCGGGGAAUGCAUGCACAGACUCUGGGAUCAGGCUCAGUUGAAAAAUGUAAUCCUUUGCGCCUUGCCAGGUUCUUCCAUGUCCUUGGGCAUAUUGCUUUGAAGCUCCUAGUCUACACUGAAGCACUUUCUGGCACGGUGCGCCGUGCCAACGCCCAGAAGUCACUCAAGAGACAAGAAGAAAUGGACAAGGCAAAACAGAUGAAGGGGGCCGCUGAAGAUGAUGACAUCGAAGCUGAGCUAGGAAUGGCUGCCGAGCUCGAGGCUGAGAACGAACGAAAAGUUGCCGAGAUUGCAGAAAAAGAAAUCGUGGGUCGCGGUCUGUUAGGUAUCUUUGGUCCAAUCUUAGUGCGUGUUGUGGUCAAUGAAGGCCAGCGGUUCAACAACGGAGUCCUCUUGCAAGCUGCAACUCUCUCGCUCUGCAAAUUCAUGUGCGUCUCCAGCUCCUUUUGCGAAAAGCAUCUUGCGGUGGUCUUCACUGCACUCGCAAACGCACCACCAGAAGAUACAGUGCUGCGAGCAAAUACUGUAAUUGCACUGGGCGAUCUCGCUUUCCGCUUCCCAAAUGAGGUAGAACCCUACACUCCAAGACUCUAUGCCUGCCUCCGAGACCCUGCAACCAAAGUUCGUCGUCACACUCUGAUGGUUUUGACGCAUCUCAUUCUGAAUGAUAUGGUCAAGGUAAAGGGUCAAGUCUGCGAAAUUGCGUUGUGCUUGCGAGAUCCCGAUUCAAGAAUGAGAGAUACGGCUCGUCUACUUUUCCAUGAAUUGAGCAAACGAAGCAACAAUCCAGUUUACAACUUGCUACCGGACAUUAUCAGUCAACUAAGUCAAACGUCAGUUGCCAAGGAAGACUUCCGCAGUAUCAUGACCUUCCUUUUGGGCUACAUUAAAAAGGAGAGACAGAAUGAGAUGCUAAUUGACAAGUUAUGCCAUCGAUUCCCGAAGUGCACUACCAUUUCACAGACUGCGGAUAUCACGUAUUGCAUGACACAGCUUAAGGUGAACGAGAAGUCAGUGAAGUGCAUGAUCGAUAACUUUAAACUAUACAAGGAUGCGCUACAUGAUGAAGAAAUUCGCAAACACUUUUCAGCAAUCAUCACCAAGGCCAAGAAACUUUCAAAACCUGAGCUCAAACAGGGUCUGGAAGAGUGGGAAUCGAAGCUUGACGAGCAGGCGCAACUUGGCAAGGAAAAUGAGCUUGCAGGCGAGAAGGCCAAACUGGCAAAAACUCGUGCUUCGAAGCGAAAGGUAACCCGAAGAAGGAAACCAGUCAUCGAGAGUAUUCCUGAAUUGAGCGAUCACGAAAGCGAUGAUAACAAUGCCGAGGAGGAGAGUGAAACAGAAAUGUCGUUUGAUGGCAAAGAAAAUGCUCCCAAAAAUACACAGAGGAGUUCAACUGAGGAACCGUUGAAAACACGCAGAAGCCGAAGAAGGGGGGCCAACACUAGUAUUGAAUCAUCAUGA